GAGAGAGAGAGAGAAUGGAAUGCAAUAAGGUAACAGCAGUAAUAUUGUUCAUCUCACUCAUCUCACAUGUUCUGACAUCAGCAGCAUCUGAAUCUGUCUGUGGAGAUGUCACUGAUUGCCAAGCUCUUCUAAAAUUCAAGGAAGCCAUAACAAGUGAUCCAAGAGGUUAUCUCCAAGCUUGGAAUAAAGCCAAUUCCUUCUGCAACUGGACAGGGAUUACAUGCCAUCCACAUCUCCAAAACCGGGUCAUAGCUCUUGAGCUUAUUGACAUGGGCUUACAAGGAGUUAUUUCAUCAUUCCUAUCCAAUCUUUCCCUUCUCACCAGCCUUUCUUUAUACAGAAACCGCUUCCAUGGAGAAAUUCCAUCUGCUUUGGGAAGGCUUCCAAAUUUAGUAUAUUUGAAUCUGAGCACAAACCUUCUUGAGAGUGAAAUCCCAGACUUACUACAAGGCUGUCAAAGUUUGGAAAUCUUAGACUUGAGUAGCAACUAUCUAUCUGGAAUUCCUGAAGAACUUUGCUCGAUGAAGAACCUGAUGCACUUGAAUCUCGCUGUAAACAACCUCACCGGAGACAUGCCGUCGUUUCUGUCAAAGCUGACACAGCUAAUAGAAUGAAACUUGGCUGCAAA